ACAGACAAUAAUAUGACUUGUUGUUUUGUAUCGACUGAGCCGUUUGUUGUUGCUUUUUCUUUCUUUCUCAGGUGUGUUUCACUCUAAAUGAGGAGCUGGCUGCCAUGACGGCUGUAGGAGAGAAGGAGGAGUCCCUGCAGGCCCCGAGGGAAUAUCCCUUCACGAUGCACACAGCGGGUGCACAGACCAUGGCUGUCUUCAGCCAGACCGACGCAGAUGAAGUCAGUCUGGAGGGGACGGUGUUGCACAGAGCCGAGUGCCGGCCCGUCGUCUCCGACAGCUACAUGAAGGUCAAGAGGCUGCAGGUCGAGUCCGUCAAGCCGCGGCGUUUGGUGCAGCAGCUGGACCGAGCCGUCGCCACCGUCUUCAAGCCUGUGGCCAACCACGACUUCAAUUUGGAGUACGAGAAGAAGAAGAAGUCUGAGGGUAAGAUGGUGAGGGCGGAUCGGCAGCAGGUGUUGGACCUGCUCUUCUCUGCUUUUGAGAAGCACCAAUAUUACAGCUUCAAGGACCUGGUGGACAUCACCAAGCAGCCCGUGACAUAUCUUAAAGAAAUCAUGAGGGAAAUCGGUGUAUGCAAUCGCAAGGGAGCGCACAAAUGCACCUGGGAGCUGAAGCCAGAGUACUGUCACUACCAACCGAGUGAGGAAGAGGAGCAGAAAAGCCCCUGACUCCAUCGGAG